AUGGCAACAUACAUCUACAUCAACGGCUACCCCGCUGUUGGCAAGCUGACCGUGGCAAAGGAGCUGGAGAAGCGAAUACCCCAGUCUAAAGUCUACGACAACCACCUCAUGAUCGACGGCGUCGCUGCCCUGGUUGAGCGCUCGUCGCCGCAUUACCAAGAUUUGCGAACGGCUGCGCGCCGGUUCUUCCUAGACAUUAUCUCCACACACGACGUGGCAGACGGCGUGACGUGGAUCUUUACAGAUUCGAGGGAAAACACCCCCGAGGCUGCCGCCGCUGCUCAGGACUACAAAGAUGCUGCCGCAAGGCGCAACGUUCCUUUCGUGUCGGUCAUUCUCCACUGCGAUGCGCCAGAGAACGAGAGGAGGGUUGUGGGAGAGGGGCGCGGCGGUCGAACAAACACGAAGCUGGUGGAUGUCGAGAUUCUGCGGCAGAUCCGGCGCGAGGAGGGCCUACAUCGAUUCGGGGGGGAUCGCGAGUUAGAACUGGAUAUCACGAACUUAGAGCCGGCUGUCGCUGCGGAAACUAUUCGGAGGCACGUCGAGCAGGUGACAUGA